AUGGACUCUGCCACUCUGCAACAUUCGGCGAAAGAGUUGCUCCAUCGACUGACCGAGCAACUGGACGGACAACAUGGCUUGGGCUUCAUGAGCCCUGCCAUCUACGACACGGCGUGGGUAUCGAUGAUCCAAAAGACCAAGGGAGAACAAAAGACAUGGCUGUUUCCCGAAUGCUUUGAAUAUCUCGUUGAGAAUCAACUUGCCGGUGGAAGCUGGGCCACCUAUGCUUCACAAAUCGAUGGAAUCCUCAACACGGCCGCUUCCUUGCUUGCUCUCAAAAAACACUCCAACGAGCCCUUGCAAAUGAUUCGAAUCUCGCAACAAUCGUUGGAGGAACGCAUCAAUCAGGCAACAACGGCUUUGCAAUAUCUCUUGAACAAUUGGGACGUGGAAUCCACUCUGCAUGUUGGGUUUGAAAUUCUCGUUCCAGCUCUGCUGGGCUACCUGGCAGAAGAAGGCAUUAUCUUUGAAUUCCCGGCGCGAGAGGCACUGCUACAAAUCCGAGAAGAGAAGAUGGCUCGAUUCAAAGCCGAGUAUUUAUAUUCGCCCAUUCAAACCACCGCUUUGCACUCUCUAGAAGCUUUCAUCGGCCUGGUGGACUUUGACCGGAUUCUUCACCACAAAAUCGAUGGAUCGUUCAUGGCAUCGCCAUCUUCAACGGCAGCAGUUCUGAUGCACGCGACAGACUGGGACGAGGAAUGUGAAGAAUACAUACGUUAUGUCCUUCAGCAUGCGGCUGGAGCUGGAACCGGUGGCAUUCCCAGUGCAUUCCCAUCCACGAUCUUUGAGAUCACCUGGACAUUUUCCACGCUGCUCAAGGCCGACUUCAAUCUAUCAAGCAUCUCUCCCGUGGCCGUGCAAAAAGCCUGCAAUUACUUGUCGAACAUGCUCAACCUGAACAAAGGAACCGUCGGUUUUGUUCCUGGGGUCUGCCCCGAUGCUGACGACACGGCCAAGGCGCUCCUGGUACUCAAUCUACUGGAGCAAAAGACGUCUCCAGACGCAAUGCUAGAGUCGUUUGAGACGGAGAAACACUUCAAGACCUACCCACUGGAGCGCGAUCCCAGCUUUUCUGCGAACUGCAAUGUUCUCCUCGCAUUACUUCACGUCGAACAUCCAUCUCUCUACACCCCGCAGAUCGAAAAAGCUGCAAGAUUUUUGCAUAAGCACUUCCGGGGAUCUGAGGGUCUCAAGGUUCAGGACAAGUGGAAUUUGUCUGCUUUCUACUCGUGGAUGCUCAUGUCUCAAGCGAUCGCUCGAGUCAACGCACUUUGCGAAGACAACCAGCUGCCCGCACUCGAAAGUAGCCUCCGAGAGGAGCUUUUAAGCCUACUCAAUGAGAUGGCCCGUCUUGUGAUUCGCGAGCAGAAUCAGUGCGGGUCGUGGGGGCACAGAAGCUCGAAAGAAGAAACCGCGUACGCCGUUCUCAUGUUGACGUACGCACAGCAAUACAAGAACAUAGACGUUGGCGUCGAAGAGCUGAGUCUCGCAGUCAGAAAGGGCUGUGCUUUCCUCCACUCGGACCUACACUCAGGAGGUUCAGAGCAUCUUUGGGUGGAAAAAGUGACGUAUGAGUCAAACAUUCUCUCACAGGCUUAUGUCUUAGCUGCUUUGCACAGUGCCCAGAGUGUGUGCACGGAGAAGCAUCGCGAGUCACAGUCAAUCACGACCAGCGAGGAGAUCCACCAAGAGACCGAUGGGGUGAUCAUUGGAGUCAACGGACACAAUGAUCAGUGUGGUCAGUCGGAUACCAUAACAAAUGGUAGCGAGACCAGCGAACUUGAUUCUGGCUAUGUGACCUCCGCAGAGGCGCAGGAAGCAAUCGAGAAAGCGCCAGCUUGCGACACGCAGGGUGGUGACUCUUCGCACCAUGAUAACCUAUCUUCGUCAUCGCCGGCUGAGACGCAAGGCAGAGCAAGCCUGAGGCAGAGGACACCCUGGACCGAAGAGCAUGAACAAAUUCUACUGGGACCAUUUGACUACCUUGAGAGUCUUCCCGGGAAGAACAUGCGCUCUCAGUUCCUGCAGGCGUUCAACCUCUGGCUUCAAGCGCCACCUGAGCACUUGCAAAUCGUGGAAAGGGUCAUCUCUAUGCUCCAUACGGCGUCUCUUCUCGUUGAUGAUAUCGAGGAUAGUUCCGUUCUCCGACGAGGUCGGCCAGUGGCCCACAGUAUCUACGGAGUUGCGCAGACAUUCAACUCGGGUAACUACGUGUACUUCCUAGCCCUUCGGGAGAUCUACAAGCUCAACAACCCACGAGCUAUCGAGAUCUUCGUCGACGCAUUGAUUCAGCUACACCGCGGUCAAGGAAUGGAUGUCUUUUGGCGGGAAUCUCUCAUCUGUCCAACCGAACAAGAAUAUCUCGACAUGGUGGCCAACAAGACCGGCGCACUUUUCUGUCUCGCCGUCGACCUGCUUCAACUGGGUAGCCCGGUCAAAGCGGAUUUCACUCCCCUGAUCCAACAAUUCGGAAUGAUCUUCCAGAUCUGCGACGAUUAUCUGAACCUGAAGUCGACCAGUUACCUGCAGAAAAAGGGCCUCUGUGAGGAUCUCACUGAAGGCAAAUUCUCGUUCCCCAUCAUUCAUAGUAUCCGAGCAAAUCCGAGCAAUCGUCAGCUCAUCAACGUCUUGAAGCAGAAGCCUCAGGAUGAAGAGCUCAAACGAUUUGCGGUCGCUUACAUGGAGUCCACUAAGACCUUUGAGUAUAUCCGGGAAUUUGUCGCCACGCUCCAGGCUGAGGCUUCAGACAUGAUUGUUUCAUUGGAAGAGCAAGGGCUCGGUGAGAAUGUUGCUGUUCGAAAGAUCCUUGCACGAAUGUCAUUGAACGAUGAAUGA